UGGAAGCAGUCUUGGCAUUCUGACACGAUGGCGCCUCCAGCAAAAGACACGAACCCGAAGAAGCGGUCCGCCGCGGACGCCAACUUGAAGACCAAGGAUGCCGGCGCGAAAGCACAAAAGGCAGGUGGCGCCCAUGGCAAGCCCGCCUUCAAGAAGACGGACAAGAAGCCCGCUUCGGGCAAAGUUGGAGACAAAAAGCCAUUGCAAGGCAAACCUGGCGAGAAGAAGUCAUGGCAGGGCAAGGACGGAGCUAAGAAAGGCGGCUAUCAAGGAAAGGGUGAGAAAAACGCUCCAGUGGACUACAAAUUGCAGCGCAAGAUGAGUCGGCCGAAUUAUGACAUGGUGAAGCGCGCCAAGGAAAUUUGGAACAUCAUCCGCGAGCGCGACUUGGACAAGGCCAAGCGAGUGCCUCUCGUGGAUGAACUGUUUCACUUGGUGACUGGCAAGAUUCACGACGUGGCGGCGAAGCAUGAUGCGUCUCGCGUGAUCCAGUCGCUCCUAAAGUACGGCACCCCUGCGCACCGGAGCAGCGCGAUCAAGGAAAUGCUCCCGCACAUGCUUGAAAUGGCCAAGUUGCAAUACGGGUGCUUUCUCGUGACCAAGAUGAUCAAGUACGGGUCAAAGGAGGACCGGGCGCUGAUUGUGAAGGAGCUCACGGGAAACGUGGUCAAGAUUGCCACGCACAACGUCGCCGCGACAAUCCUCGAGUCUGCGCAAGACUUUUUGCAGCCCGGGCAACUGAGCGGCCUCAAGCUCGAAUUUUACGGCAAAGAGUUUGCGUACUUCAAAUCGGAAAUGGAGUCGAAGAAGAAGAACUUAGCCGACAUCGUGGCGCAGAGCCCGUCCAAGAAGGAAGAAAUCCUCACGCACGUUGCGGAUGUGCUCAACCGCAUGGUGGACAAGCAGUUGCUUGGGUUGGCGUUCGUCCAGGCGCUCAUGCUCGAGUACUUGACGGUGGCGUCGACUGACCAAGUCAACGCCAUGAUCCCGAACAUCCGCGACGCGGCGGUGGCGCUCCUGGCGACCCGGGCCGGCGCCAAGGUUGUCGUGGUGUGCCUGUCGCUCGGAAACGCGAAAGAUCGCAAGCGCGUGAUCAAGACCCUCAAGGACAAGGUACUAGAGGCAUGCAACCACAUCAGCGGGUACCUCGUCCUGCUCCGCGUGCUGGAUGUGUUGGACGACACGGUGCUCGUGCAAAAGUCAGUCUUGUCCGAAUUGCAAGACCACUGGCUCGACGUGGCGCUGCACCAAAACGGAAGCAAAGUUCUCCUCCAGUUGCUAUCGCCCCUCAACACCAAGUACCUCCACCCGGACGAAAUCGCCCUGCUGCAGCCGCCCAUGGUCCCUGCUGCCGUCGGCUCGACGGAGCUCGUUGUCAACUACAAAAAGGACCCCGAGACCCGCCGCAAGGAACUGUGGGCUGGUCUCAAGGCCCCCAUCGAGGCCAUGUGCGCCGAGAAUGUCGAUGCGUUGCUCCGCUCCAAGAGCGGCGGCCACGUUUUGUUUGAAGUCCUCAAGCAGUCCACCAACGCGGACCUCUUGGAAGCGGUUGUCCAAACUGUCGUCCAUGACGAAACCCCCGCCGACACCUCGCUCGACAUGUUGUAUGCGGACCUCAUCGCGCACAAACACAUGCAGCGCUUGAUUCAACACGCGUCGACGGUUGGCUCGGCCCUGCUCGCCGAACUGACCAAGGCAGGUCGCAUUGCUCAGUGGGCCGAAUCCAACCGCGGCGCAUUCGUGCUUCUAGCCUUCCUGGACCCUCCAGUUUCGGGGGCCAACGCCGCCCUCGUCAAGGCGCUCAAGGGCAAAAAGUGGACGUCCGCGCACAAGGAGCAAAAGGGAACGAUGCUGUUGCUGGAAAAAUUAGAGUUAGCCUAGCGGGACUAUUUACUGGAACUUGAUAUUGUGUGCGACCAGAGUCGGUUGUCC